CCGACUCAUUGAAACAUAGAAAAAGAGAGAGAGAGAGAGAGAGAGAGAGAGAAUCUAUUCAUCUUCUUCUCUGCUUUCGAGAGCCAGAUCCAGUAGCCAAAGACGAUAAAGCUUCAACGCCAUGGCCAAAGAGAGAGACCAGCACCCUACUAACAAGGACAAGAAGCUCCUCGUCGGCGUCAUAUGGAACUUCUCCACCGAGCUCAAGCUCAUCUUCAUGUCCUUACUCGUCAUCUUCACUCUAGCCACUCUCCUACCUUUCACACCUUCUUCCUUCUCCCUCUCCGCCUCCGACUUCCGCUUCUGCAUCUCCCGCUUCUCCCCUGCCCUUCCCGUUAACAUCACAUCCACCACCGCCGUUAACACUUCACCAGAAAACACAACGGAACCGGAGAUAUUAGAUCGAGUGUUGGAUAACGGCGUCAUCAAACGGACGUUUACAGGUCACGGCUCCGCGGCUUACAACUUCGUCUUAAUGAGCGCUUACAGAGGCGGCGUUAACUCCUUCGCCGUCAUCGGCUUAUCAUCGAAACCCCUCCACGUGUACGGCCACCCUUCUUACCGAUGCGAGUGGGUCCCUCUCGACCCGACUCAACACCCGGUCUCCACAACCGGUUUAAAAAUCCUAACCGACUGGGGAUACGGACGGAUCUACACAACCGUCGUCGUCAACUGCACUUUCCCAUCGCUCUCCGCCGCGAACUCCGGCGGAAACCUAAUCCUCCACGCAACCACCGGAGAUCCGUCCCUAAACCUCACCGACUCGAUCCCAGUCCUCACGGAAUCUCCAAACUCCGUCGACUUCAGCCUCUACAGCUCACCGGAGAAGAAGAAGAAGUACGACUACCUCUACUGCGGCUCGUCUCUCUACGGCGACCUAAGCCCGCAGAGAGUCAGGGAGUGGAUCGCGUACCACGCGAGGUUCUUCGGAGACCGUUCGCAUUUCGUGCUCCACGACGCCGGGGGGAUCCACGGCGACGUGUUCGAGGUUCUGAGGCCGUGGAUCGAGCUCGGGAGGGUGACGGUGCACGAUAUCAGGGAUCAGGAGCGGUUCGACGGGUACUACCAUAACCAGUUCAUGGUUGUGAACGAUUGCUUGCAUAGGUAUAGGUUCGAGACGAAGUGGAUGUUCUUCUUCGAUGUGGAUGAGUUUAUGUACGUUCCGGAGGAGAAGGGGACGGUGUCGGAGGUUAUGGAAUCUUUGGAGGAAUAUUCUCAGUUUACUAUUGAGCAGAUGCCGAUGAGUAGUAGGAUUUGUUACUCCGGCGAUGGUCCCGCGAGAACUUACAGGAAAUGGGGAUUUGAGAAAAUGGCAUAUAGAGACGUGAAGAAGGUUCCAAGACGAGACCGGAAGUACGCGGUGCAGCCGCAAAACGUAUUUGCAACGGGAGUCCACAUGUCUCAGAAUCUACAAGGGAAAACAUACCACAAGGCUGAGAGUAAAAUCCGUUAUUUCCACUACCACGGUUCCAUUUCUCAGCGUCGCGAGCCUUGCCGUCACCUUUUCAAUGACUCGAGAGUUGUAUUUGAGAAUAAUCCUUAUGUGCUCGACACUUCGAUCCGCGACGUUGGUCUUGCUGUGAAGACGUUCGAGAUGAGAACGAUUGGUGACCGGCUGAUUAGGACACGCCAAUGAGAAUGAUUUUUUUUAUAUAAAUGAAUAGUGAAUGUAAUCGUCUUUAGAAAGAAUUAGAAGUUAUGAAGAUGUUUUUUUGGGGCUAUUCUUUUGUUGUAUCAUAAUUUGGCUAUGAGUUUAUAAAAUUCUUGGUAUA